ACGUCUAUCAUUUGGAUUGAGUGCAAGAAAUGUUGAUCAACUUUCCCAUCUUAAAGGUUUACCUAAUGUGGAUUUCUUGUCAGUGAACUUUGACUACAACUGCGCCUCAGAAAACUUUGCACAAGAGUUGAGAAGCUUGCAGAUAUCUGGGGGAAAUUUGCCCAUCCUGCUAUACAAGAUGACAGUACAUGACUGUAUACUCAGCGAACACCAGUUUCUUGGAGAUUUAUUACAAGUUUUAUGGAGCAAUAGUCUGAAUAUUAUUGGAUGUGACAUGAAUGAAGUGUUAAACAAGCUGGACAUGCAGGAUGUCCCAGUGAGGUCCCAAUUUAGGAGUAGUUAUGAAAGCAUCUUGCAUGAAUUUGGGGACCAAAGCACUGAAGAAAGAGACCUUUUCCUCAGUAAAGCCUUCCCUGUGGACUUCCAGUGGGCAACAUCAACAGAGUCUUUCAAGGUUGAAGGAGGCUGGUUAGAAGGGGAGAAAGGAGAAACCAUCUGGGAUCGUUUUGGUCAUGAAGGGCAAGCCUUUAAUAACCAGACCGCUGACCUCACUAGUGACAGUUACAACAAGGUUGAUAUAGACGUCCACCUAUUGCGAAGUCUUGGAGUCAACACCUACCAGUUUUCUAUCUCCUGGGCCCGUGUUUUCCCCUCAGGUCACAGAGACAGCCAGUCCCAUGAAGGGGCUCUCUACUAUGACAAUCUGAUCAAUGCUCUUGUUAAAUCUGGCAUACAACCAGUUGUUACUCUCUACCACUGGGAUCUGCCUCAGGCUCUCCAAGACAAUGGUGGAUGGACCAACCCUUCCAUCGUUGAAGCUUUCAAGGACUAUGCAGACUUCUGCUUCAGUAGAUUUGGAGACAGGGUCAAGAACUGGAACACAUUUAGUAGUCCCUGGGUGGUGAGCCAUGCUGGGUAUGGCACUGGCGAGCAUGCUCCUGGAGUUAAAGACUAUGUGACUGCUUCCUAUCAGGUCACUCAUAAUAUACUGAAAUCCCAUGCUGAGGCCUGGCAUGUCUACAAUGACAAUUACAGAAAGACACAGGGAGGAAAAGUGGGCAUUGCAUUGAACUCAGACUGGGCCCAGCCCACUGAUGCCAACAACCCCGAAGACGUGGCGGCUGCAGAACGCUACCUCCACUUUAUGCUAGGCUGGUUUGCCCAUCCCAUAUUCAUAGAUGGAGACUAUCCUGCAGUUCUCAAAACUCAGAUUGAAAAGAAAAGAAACGAGUGUCCUGGAUCUGUGCCAGCAGUAAUUCCAACUUUCACAGCUGAAGAGAAGGCGAGGAUAAAGGGAACGUCUGACUUUUUUGGUUUAAAUCAUUAUACUUCCCGUUUGGUUAGCAGCAGCGUAGGUGGGUGCAACCCUGGUCCUGAGGGAGUUGGAGACUUCCAGGCUAAAGUGGACCCCUCAUGGCCCGCUACAGCAUCUGACUGGAUCUACUCGAUGCCUGAAGGACUGCGACGCCUUCUGAACUACAUUAAAGCAGAAUAUCUAACGGCUCACAAUGUGCCCAUUUACAUAACUGGGAAUGGCAUGCCAACAGAAUACAGUGUGGACACCCUCAAUGACACCAGCAGAAUCGAGUACAUGAGGGGUUACAUCAAUGAAGCCCUAAAAGCAAUUGAUCAAGAUAAAGUGGACGUGCAGCGAUUCACAGUGCAAUCACUCAUGGAUGGAUUUGAAGGAAACCAAGGGUACAGUGAAAGAUUUGGUCUUCACCUUGUUAACUUUGAAGAUGGAUACAGGCCGAGAACGCCAAAACAAUCGGCGUAUUUCUUUGCUCAGAUCAUCCAGCAAAAUGGUUUUGUGUCACGCACACAAGAUCAUUUUGAAGGUUUGAAAAUAUCACAAGCUCGCCGUUCCACCCCGCUGCCACCUUCAGAGGUCCCAUCAGCAUCAAAGGUUGUCUGGGAGAAAUUUACACCACAGAAAAAAUUUGACAGACAAAUGUAUCACUAUGGCCAUUUCCCACAAGACUUCUCCUGGGGCGUUUCAUCAUCAGCUUACCAAAUUGAGGGAGGAUGGAAUGAGGAUGGGAAAGGACCCAGCGUGUGGGAUACAUUCACUCAGAAGCCUGGUAGUGGUAUUCCUGGUAAUGCAACUGGAAAUGUUGCCUGUGACAGCUACAAUAGACUUGAUGAGGACCUGUACAUGCUGCGAGGACUGAAUGUAAAGUCAUACAGAUUUUCCUUGUCCUGGUCCAGAAUCUUUCCCAAUGGUAAGCGUGAAUCCCUGAACCAGAAGGGUGUUGACUAUUAUAACAGACUUAUCAAUGGUCUCUUGGCCCAUAAAAUCACCCCAAUGGUCACAAUUUAUCACUGGGACCUUCCGCAAGCUCUACAAAACAUUGGGGGCUGGCAGAAUGUGGAGAUGAUUGACAUUUUUAAUGACUAUUGCGACUUUUGCUUCGCCACCUUUGGCGACAGAGUGAAAUUCUGGAUGACCAUGAACGACCCUCAAGGGGUUGCAUGGCUCGGAUAUGGGACUGGAAAAAUCCCACCAAACAUUAAGGACCCAGGAACAGCUCCGUACGAAGUUGCACACAACCUAAUAAAAGCUCAUGCCAAGGCCUACCACACAUAUGACGACAAGUACCGUGCUUCUCAAGGGGGUUUAGUAUCAAUUGCCCUGAAUGCUGAAUGGGUUGAACCCAAAGACAUCAAUGUGCCUCGUGAAAUUGUUGCAGCUGACCGCGCCAUGCAGUUCCAGGUGGGUUGGUUCGCCCACCCAAUUUUCAAGAAUGGUGACUAUCCAGAGGCCAUGAAAGCCCAAGUUUUGGUCAAAAGUGAACUCCAAGGUCGUUCCCAGUCAAGACUCCCGUCUUUCACAGAGGAGGAAAAGAACUACAUUAAAGGAACUGCUGACAUGUUCUGUGUAAAUCACCACACUACAAGGAUAGUAAGCCAUGUCACAGGUCCUCUGUCUCCACAUUCAUAUCAAAAUGACUGGGACAUCACAGAAGAGGAGGAAGGAGGUUCACCAACUACAGCCAUCAAAAACCAGAGAGCUGUAUCAUGGGGGUUAAGAAGACUUCUCAACUGGAUCAAGGAAGAGUAUGGAGCCCCGGAUAUUUAUAUAACUGAUAAUGGUGUGGCUACAAAGGCAAAAACUACUUGGGAUGAUAUUGAAAGAGUGUAUUAUUACAAGACUUAUAUCAAUGAGGCUCUUAAAGCCUACGAACUUGAUGGAGUAAGGCUGAAAGGCUACCUAGCAACAUCUCUAAUGGACUCCUUUGAAUGGAUAAAUGGCUAUACAGUUGGUUUCGGGCUCUACCAUGUGGACUUCACUGACACAAACAGACCAAGAACACCAAAGUUUUCAGCUCAUUUUUACUUCCAAGUCAUGAAAGAUAAUGGUUUCCCCAUACCAGAUGAUGAAAGAAUGCUGUAUGGCGAAUUCCCUCAGGGCUUCCUUUGGAGUACUGCAACAGCAGCUUACCAAAUUGAGGGGGGUUGGAGAGCAGAUGGAAAAGGUCUCAGCAUCUGGGAUAAAUUUGCACACACUCCUCUCAAAGUUUUUGAGGAUGACAACGGGGACAUCGCUUGUGACAGUUACAAUAAAAUAGAUGAAGAUGUUGCAAUAUUAAAGCAACUUAGGGUAAACCAUUAUCGCUUCUCUAUAUCCUGGACGCGGGUACUUCCUGAUGGCACCACAAAUUACAUCAAUGAGGCUGGUUUCAGCUACUAUAACAGACUAGUAAAUGCACUGCUUGCAGCAAACAUCCAGCCUCAUAUCACUUUGUACCACUGGGAUCUUCCACAAGCCCUGCAGAAUGUUGGAGGUUGGGAAAAUGAGACUACUGUUGAAAGAUUCAAGGAUUACGCUGACCUCGUCUUUAGCCGUCUUGGUGACAGAGUGAAACUUUGGAUCACCAUCAAUGAGCCAUAUAAUGUUGCAAUGGUUGGCCAUGGAUAUGGAGUAGCUGCCCCAGGUAUCAGUUUCCGCCCAGGUACCCUUCCCUACAUUGUUGGUCACAACCUCAUCAAAGCUCACGCUGAAGCGUGGCACCUUUACAAUGACAAAUAUCGAGCUACACAGAAAGGAAGGGUCUCCAUCACUAUUAACUCUGACUGGUCAGAGCCCAGAAACCCCUACAAGCAAGAGGACAUUGACGCUGCCAGACGUGUGAUACAGUUCUACAUUGGCUGGUUUGCCCAUCCCAUAUUUAAUGGUGACUACAGCGAAACGAUGAAGACAAUCAUUCGGGAACGCAGUCUUGCAGCUGGCCUGAGUAAAUCACGGCUGCCUGAGUUUACACCAGAGGAAAUAAAGAGAAUCAAGGGGACGUAUGAUUAUUUUGGAUUCAACCAUUACACUACUGUCCUGGCAUACCCUUUAAACUAUGGAAAUCUUCAGCAUUAUGAUGGAGACAGGGGAGCAGGGACAGUUGUUGACCGUACCUGGCUUGAUUCUGGUUCCGGUUGGCUGAAGGUCACGCCGUUUGGAUUGCGCAGAAUACUGAACUUCAUUAAGAAGGAAUAUGGAAAUCCUACGAUUAUCAUCACUGAGAAUGGGGUCUCAGAGCGCGGGCCCAUAGAUCUAAAAGAUUAUCACAGGAGUUACUUCUAUGAAAAAUAUAUCAACCAAGUGCUGAAAGCUCACCUGCUAGAUGACGUGGACGUCCGUGGCUACACAGCUUGGUCACUCAUGGACAACCUGGAGUGGGCCACUGGCUUUGCAGAAAGAUUUGGACUUUUCUAUGUCAACCGCUCCGACCCCAAUGUGCCUCGAGUGGCCAAAGAGUCCGUCUCCCUCUACUCCACCAUCAUCAACUGUAACGGGUUCCCCGACCCUGCAUCAGGACCUCACGAUUGCUUAAAGCCUGGACCUGAAGGAACAAGUGCUCCAGUAAAUGUCAGCUCUGUCAACUUCCUGGGUCUGAAGCUCUCUGCUGAAGAAGCUGAAACGGGCCUUAACGCUACGUUUGCUCUGCUGAUUGUGGCAUCGACUGGAGCCAUUUGCUUGGCCAUCGGCUGCUUUUUAACUAAAAGACGUUUAAAAAAGAACUCAAGAAGUUGAACAAUGUAACUGCACUCACAUACAGACAUAUGAACAUUUAAGUGGAUAUUUAUAAAGUCUACAUGAAACAGCAUCUUCCACAGACAUAUUAUAUUCCAGCUGACUUUGUAUGUUUUUAAAUCAAUUCUUCAUGAAUAUAUUCCAUUGAUGAUGCCACCACAUCAG